AGUUGCAGCAGCCCAGCAACCACCAAGAAGUCCAGAUAGGAUCGAUGGCAACAAACAAACAAACCAACCUCCAUCCCGUCACUCACCAGCAGAGCAAGCAAGACCUGAACUGAAAAGUGGACGACAACUGGAACUGAGGCAAGGCCAAGGACGGGAACAUUGCCAGCACUCGAUUGGACAAGAGGCGCCAGCUUCCCCACUUUUAGACGACUUUGCUCGACUUUUCCCUCACUUUUUGGCACCGAGCAAAUCACGUGGUCUUGCUGGGAGCUCCGCAGCUUCUAACCGAAGCUCGUCGAGAGAUUUUCGAACCCGUUUCUUUCCUUUUCAAAGCAGCCAUCUUUUCCUCUGCCACAUCCACCAUCGUCGCGCUUAAUCAUCGUCAAGAUGUUCAAGAGCGGCAUUUCCGCCUUCGCCCGGACUGCCCGUCCCUCCUUUGCGGCGGCGUCCCGUCGCGCCGUCCGCCCGGCUGCCCUCAACCUCCGUGCCCCUGCCCUCAGCAGAUUCGCCAGCUCCGCCGGUGUUGGUGAUGGCAAGAUCUACCAGGUCAUUGGUGCCGUCGUCGAUGUCAAGUUCGAUACCGACAAGCUCCCUCCCAUUCUCAACGCCCUUGAGACCCAGAACAAUGGCCAGAAGCUCGUCCUCGAGGUCUCGCAACAUCUCGGCGAGAACGUCGUGAGAUGCAUUGCCAUGGACGGUACUGAGGGUCUCGUUCGUGGUGCCAAGGCCUCCGACACUGGUGCUCCCAUCACCAUCCCUGUCGGCCCUGCCACCCUUGGCCGUAUCAUCAACGUCACUGGUGACCCCAUCGACGAGCGCGGUCCCAUCAAGACCGACAAGUUCCGCCCUAUCCACGCCGAGGCUCCCGAGUUCGUUGAGCAGUCCACCACUGCCGAGAUUCUCGUCACUGGUAUCAAGGUCGUCGAUCUCCUCGCCCCCUACGCUCGUGGUGGAAAGAUUGGUCUCUUCGGUGGUGCUGGUGUCGGCAAGACCGUCUUCAUUCAGGAGCUCAUCAACAACAUCGCCAAGGCUCACGGUGGUUACUCCGUCUUCACCGGUGUCGGUGAGCGUACCCGUGAGGGUAACGAUCUGUACCACGAAAUGCAGGAGACCUCCGUCAUUCAGCUCGAUGGUGACUCCAAGGUCGCUCUUGUCUUCGGUCAGAUGAACGAGCCCCCCGGAGCUCGUGCCCGUGUCGCCCUUACUGGUCUUACCAUUGCCGAGUACUUCCGUGAUGAGGAGGGUCAGGAUGUGUUGCUCUUCAUUGACAACAUUUUCCGUUUCACCCAGGCCGGUUCUGAGGUGUCCGCUCUUCUCGGUCGUAUUCCCUCUGCCGUCGGUUACCAGCCCACUCUCGCCGUCGACAUGGGUCAGAUGCAGGAGCGUAUUACCACCACCACCAAGGGUUCCAUUACCUCCGUCCAGGCCGUCUACGUCCCCGCUGACGAUUUGACUGAUCCUGCCCCCGCCACCACUUUCGCCCAUCUUGACGCCACCACUGUCUUGUCCCGUGGUAUCUCUGAGUUGGGUAUCUACCCCGCUGUCGAUCCCCUUGACUCCAAGUCCCGUAUGCUCGACCCCCGUAUUGUCGGCCAGGAGCACUACGAGACCGCCACCCGCGUCCAGCAGAUCCUCCAGGAGUACAAGUCCCUCCAGGAUAUCAUUGCCAUUCUUGGUAUGGACGAACUUUCCGAGGCCGACAAGCUCACCGUCGAGCGUGCCCGUAAGAUCCAGCGUUUCCUCAGCCAGCCUUUCACUGUCGCUCAGGUCUUCACUGGUAUCGAGGGUAAGCUCGUUGACCUUAAGGACACCAUUGCCUCCUUCAAGGCUAUUCUCGCUGGUGAGGGUGAUGACCUCCCCGAGGGUGCCUUCUACAUGGUUGGCGACUUCGCCUCUGCUCGCGCCAAGGGUGAGAAGAUUCUUGCUGAGCUUGAGGGCCAGGCUUAAGCGAUUAAUGCGGGAGUUCAAAAUCGGGACGGAAACGAUGGCCUGUGUAUAGAGUAAAGAAAGGGUUUUUCGGGACGUUCCUCCUAUGAGCUGUGUAUCAAAUGAAGUUCCUUUUUUUUUCUCUAUAUACCUUGCCUGUUUUUGUGCGCGAUGAAAAGCUCUUGUCUGGUUAAUGAAUACGAUGUGAAUGAACUCAGCCUAUGUGCUCUCUGAAUGUGAUGUGAUAUGUUGAACAUGAACGAGUUGUCCUUGGCUGCUACUGAAGUGACUGUAGUACAGACUAGGUAGAGAUAGAUGUAUCUCUAGGAGCUCCCAAUAGCUUCGGUCUUGGGAGCUUAAUCAACUGAGGUGGAUUAUUUAAUUGUUGUAACGAGUGAGGUAUUUGUUUAUACUUGCUUCAAUAUGUCUAUAAGUUGGUAAUUCGGUAAAUCGGAGACUGGGAUGAGUGAGGCGUUUUGAGUAUUAAGACAACCUACUUUCUCGCAAGUCCUCUCUAUCUUUCUCUUCCCCUUACAUCCUCCACUACUUAG